CUGUUUACCUUCCAACCACAGCUAACCUGUAGCAGCUUUUUUAUUUAGGUUUCAUGUGGUCUUUCUCUCUCUCUGCCUACAUAGCUAAGAGUAACUGCCACGUUGCUCUGACACAUCUCAAUCCUCAAGUGACUUGAACAUGGAUUUACAGCAUGUACUGCAGACUGACAUUUUGUCCAUAAUAAUGGCCAUAGCGGUUAUUAUUUUACUUUUGAAGUACAUGGGGAAACAGAGAAGUUAUGGACAUUUGCCACCGGGUCCUUCACUAAUUCCUCUUCUUGGUAACUUGUUACAAAUGGAUCUGAAACGACCGGACAAGUCCUACAUGGAGCUCAGUAAGAAAUACGGCUCAGUGUUUACUGUGUGGUUGGGCCCCAAACCUGUAGUGGUGGUCUCUGGCUAUCAGGCCAUCAAGGAAGCUCUGGUAGACCAAGGAGAAGAGUUCAAUGGAAGAGCCAACCCUGCCAUUACCCUGAAACUCUUUAACGAGCACGGGGUGGGAUCAAGUAAUGGGCAGAGAUGGAAAACUCUUCGCAACUUCUCCUUGACGUCCCUGAAAAACCUCGGAAUAGGAUGCAGAAGCCUCGAGGAGAGGGUCCAAGAGGAAGCUAAGAGUCUAGUGAAAGCCUUCAGUGAAUAUGGAGAUUCCACUGUGAACCCCAAAGAGCUCCUGUUCCAUACUAUCAUCAACCUAUUCUGGUCCAUAGUCCUUGGGCGCAGGUUUGAAUACAACGACCCAGAGUUUCAGAUCUUCUACAAGCCUGUCUAUACAUACUUCGACAUGCUAAAAAGCAAAGUGUCAAUGCUGUACAACAUCUCCCCCAGAAUCGUUGAGUGCUUUCCAGGAAAACACCAAGAGCUGUUUAAGGCCAUAGACAAGGCCAAAGCUUACAUACGACUGGAAGCAGAUCGUCGCCUUAAAAGCCUGGACACCUCUAACCCCCAGGACUACUUUGAUGUAUUCCUGGUUAAAAUGCUCGAGGAGAAAGAUCAGCCAGGGACCGAGUUCAACUAUGACAACUUGUUUCCGUGUGUGUGGGAUCUGUUUGCUGCCAGCACAGAGACCCUGUCCUCCACCCUAUCACACGCCUGUCUGAUGAUGAUCAAGUACCCUGACAUACAAGAGAAAGUUCAGAAGGAGAUAGACGAGGUGAUUGGCUCGAACAGAGUCCCCACGGCUGACGACAGACAUAAGAUGCCCUACACGGACGCUGUCAUCCACGAAAUUCAGAGAAGUAUGUGUCUUGCUCCCACUGCUGUCCCUCACCAAAUGACCCGAGACACAACGUUCCACAACUACCACAUCCCAAAGGGUACCACGGUGUUUCCACUGUUGUCCUCUGUGCUGUUUGACCCCAAACUGUUCAAGAAGCCUGAUGAGUUUGACCCAGAGAACUUCCUGGAUGAAAAUGGACGCUUUAAGGAAAACAAUGGAUUUCUUGCUUUUGGACUGGGGAAGCGUUCCUGCCUGGGAGAUGGAAUGGGGAUUCCCAGGAUGGUGCUCUUCCUAUUCUUUACUUCCCUUCUUCAGCACUUCACCUUCAGGGGCACAAAACCUCCAGAGGAAAUUGACGAUACUGUAGUAUCCUACUUUAUUGGCCGCCUGGCGCGCCCCUACACAUGCUAUGUCAAACUCAGGACAGCAAAUAUUUAAUUGAUAAAACAACUUUUAAUCUUGAUGAAAUUCAAUGCGAUGUAUUUUCUGAACAAGGAGGCUCAACAGCAAAGUGGUCAUAUCUUUCAUUAUUAAUGUCUAAUUUUUUUUGUUAGAAACAAAAACAAACAACAAAAUAGACAAAUACUUAAACUGGCAGAUUAAGAAUAAUUUAAUUUAAAUGACUGGUGAAAAUAACAAACAUGUACAUAAAAAGUGAAUAAAAAUAGUGUCCAUUCAUGUCACAUAUACAGCA